UUGUGUAUUUCCAGUCGUGGUGCUGUGUGCUUCCCCGGACUCGGUGAGAGAGAUCAUGAUAAAAGCCCACGAGAUGAAUUUUGACAAUGGAGAAUAUGUCUUCUUCAAUAUAGAUCUGUUUAGCAGUAAGAACGACUCGGCGCGGCCGUGGUACCGAGCUAACGACACGGACGAACGAAACCACAACGCGAGACAAGCCUACGAAGCGUUGAUGACGGUAACUCUCCGGAAACCCACGAGCCCGGAGUACCACUCCUUCUCGGAAGAGGUGAAACGGCGGGCCAGACGCAUGUACAAGAACUUCACGUAUGGCGAGGAAGAGGUGAACAGUUUUGUCGGAGCGUUUCACGACGCCGUCAUCUUGUACGCUCUAGCCCUUAAUGAGACGCUUGCCGCAGAUGGUUCGAUUACUGACGGUGCUGCCAUCACGCGGAGGAUGUGGAACCGGACGUUCGAGGGUAUAACCGGAACUGUGAGUAUCGACUCGAAUGGCGACAGAAAUGCGGACUACUCGCUGUUAGAUCUCAACCCGGCUACGGACCAGUUUGAGGUGGUCGAAACUAUCUCGGAAACAAAACAAGAGGUCUCGAGCCGGUCCCAGGUCGGACCAUCCACCCUGGGCCGGGGGGGCGACCGCACCACACCAGCAUCUGAUCGUCCCUCCCAGUGUCGGUUUCGAUCUUAG